CCCACAAGCGGUCAUGUUUAACACCGUUGUUCAGAUCACCUGCUCUCCUGGAUUCAGUCUGAAUGGAGCGCAGCAACUCCGCUGUGGAGCAGAUGGUUCCUGGACGCCAAAUGUUCCCACCUGUGAGCCAGUAUUUCAGAGUCCAGAAUCCAUGACCUGUUCAGCACCCGUGGUUGAAAAUGGAGUGAUAAAAGGUGGAGCCAAGCCAUCGUACGAACCCAACGAUACUGUUAGCAUCAUCUGCAAAGCUGGCUGUCGUAUGAUUGGUGCAUCAGUGGCCAAAUGUGGACCAGAUGGCCAAUGGCAGGGCUUGCCCCGUUGCCGCUUCACAGCAAAAUUUCCUUGAUGGCUAUGACCAAUCCUUGAUGUAUUAAAUGCA